CAACCAACCACCUCCAUCCAUCCACCCUAUCGAGCUAUACCCUUUUCAGCAAUAGCCGUAGACGAAAGAAGUGACACUGCAGCUGCCCAGUGUGUGUGUGUGCAAUGGAUGAGCUCGUCUCCUCCAGCAGCUCCCUCUCCACGGCCCCCUUCUUCUCCACCGCCGCCCACCUCCCGCAGGACCUCGAGUUCCUGUCCUGCCAUGGCCUGGACCAAUGGACGGGGGCCGACGACUGGCUCGACGAGCCCCUGGACCUGCAUGGCGCCACGUGGGGCGACGACGGCUCGGGCGGCUCGGCGUCGGCGUCGGCGGGCAACGACGACCUGUCCGGCGAACCGCCGCCGCCGCCGGCCGCGCCGAAGAGGCGGCGCGGCCGGAAGCCCGGUCCCCGGACCAACGGCCCGCCCAUCAGCCACGUGGAGGCGGAGCGGCAGCGGCGGGACAAGCUGAACCGCCGCUUCUGCGAGCUCCGGGCCGCCGUGCCCACCGUGUCGCGGAUGGACAAGGCGUCCCUCCUCGCCGACGCCGCCACCUACAUCGCCGAGCUGCGCGACCGCGUCGAGCAGCUCGAGGCCGAGGCCAAGCAGGCCUCCGCUGUCACCAUCGUGGCGGCCACCACCCCCUCGUUCGGCUCCGGCGGCGGGCUCGGCCUCGGCCUCGGCCUCGAGGAGAGGCUGGAGUUGCGGGUGGUCGGGCGGGACGCGGCGGCGCUGCGCCUGACGUCCGCGGCGCGCCACGCCCCCGCGCGCCUCAUGGACGCGCUCCGCUCGCUGGACCUGCCCGUGCAGCACGCGUGCGUGACCCGCCUGGGCGGCGUCACCGUGCAGGACGCCGUCGUCGACGUGCCCGCCGCGCUGCGGGACGAGCGCGGCCUCCGCGCCGCGCUGCUGCACAAGCUCCAGCGGAGCGUCUAGCUAUUAGCUCCAUCGCCGGAAGCAGUGGAGGUCAACGGCCACCACAAGAACAAUGAGAGCGCGGCGCUGCGGCAUUGCUUGCUUGCUUUCCGGUCCCGUUCAAGAAUUGAAGUCCACGCUCAGCUCGCCAGGCGCGGCGGGACGCGGGAAAGGUCUGAAGAAGAAGAAGAAGAAGAAGAAGAAGAAGAAGAAGAAGAAGAAGAAGAAGAAGAAGAAGAAGAAGAAGAAGAAGAAGAAGAAGAAGAAGAAGAAGAAGAAGAAGAAGAAGAAGAAGAAGUUAUUGCAUAUCCCCUUUUCGGUCUGCAAAGCGGGAGGAGCGGAGCCUGCUACCUGCUGAUGCAAGUUCUUCCGAGAAUAUAAUCUUUGAUCUCGCUCCUUGACUUUUCCUGUACGAUCACAAGUUCAGAGCUAGCGGUCCUCGUUGAUCCGUGACCGGCCGGCCGGCGAGCCUGGCCCUGGGCCCUCGGCGGUCGACGGUUAGUGGUACGCGACACGUGCUUGAAAGGCUGUUCUGUGAUCGUGAGCAGGCGUUGAUUAAACCGAGGACGAUGCCGUCGCGUCAUGCAGGCCGCCCAGA